AUGAAUUCUAAUGCCAUAAUUCUCAUUGUCUGGGGCUCUUGGUUCGCUGGAAUUCUGAUAUUGCUUUGUUCAUGGGAAAUUGGACGGAAAAGGAAGCGGCUUCCGGCUACAUCACAUGCUGGGACGAGUGCUCCUCGGCGGCCUUCGUAUGACGAUGUUGAGAAGGGUCAAUGUAGUGCAAUAAGAGAUGGGGGAAUGGUUGUUCUGGGAGCAACAGCAGCAGUUGCAGCUGCCACUAGUGCAGCAGAAGCCGUGGUCGGAGAUGGUGGUGAUAGCGAGACAGGAGGCGGAGAUGGCGGUGGUAGUGAUGGUGGCGGUUGUGGUGGUGGUGGUUGUAGUGGAUGCGGAGGUGGUUGUGGCGGUUGUGGUGGAUGUGGGGGUGGUGGUGAUUAA